GGACGAAACAGUGAACGACAGCAGCAAUUGUCCAAUCAGCUGACUCCUCCGCAGAAAUGUCGUUUUUUUCUGCCGGUUCUAGAAAACCAACCACGAGUUGUCGUCGUGUGGGAGAAUCCAUCUUGAAGAGAGCUCUCCGGUUGUGUGACCAGCGUAAUCGUACAAAAUGUCUGAGGCAGAGCAGCAGUACAUGGAAACAUCAGAAAACGGCCACGAAGUCGACGAUGAUUUUAACGGAGCCGGCCACACCGAGGAGGGGAACGACGACAGCGCCGUGAAUGACUGCGGAGAGGGAGCAGGGCCCGACGCCGACGAGAAUUCGCAAAACGGCGGCACGGAGGGCGGCCAGAUCGACGCAAGCAAAGGCGAGGAGGAUGCGGGGAAAAUGUUCGUUGGUGGUCUCAGCUGGGACACAAGCAAGAAGGAUCUCAAGGAUUACUUCUCUAAAUUUGGCGAGGUGACGGAUUGCACCAUCAAGAUGGACCAGGCAACGGGCCGAUCAAGAGGCUUUGGCUUCAUUCUCUUCAAAGAUGCUGCCAGCGUAGACAAGGUUCUUGAACAGAAGGAGCACAGGCUAGAUGGCCGACAGAUUGACCCCAAGAAAGCCAUGGCCAUGAAGAAGGAUCCAGUCAAGAAAAUCUUCGUGGGAGGCCUUAACCCUGACACUUCAAAGGAAGUAAUUCAGGAGUACUUUGGGACCUUUGGAGAGAUUGAGACCAUUGAGCUUCCACAAGAUCCAAAGACAGAGAAGAGGAGGGGAUUCGUAUUUAUCACAUAUAAAGAAGAGGCUCCUGUUAAGAAGGUCAUGGAGAAGAAGUACCACAACGUUGGUGGAAGCAAGUGUGAAAUUAAAAUAGCCCAGCCCAAAGAGGUUUACCUGCAGCAGCAGUAUGGCGCCCGUGGAUACGGAGGACGCGGCAGGGGCCGUGGAGGCCAGGGCCAGAACUGGAAUCAAGGCUACAACAACUACUGGAACCAAGGAUACAACCAGAACUAUGGUUAUGGACAGCAAAGCUACGGAUAUGGCGGCUAUGGCAACUAUGACUACUCUGCUGGUUAUUACGGCUAUGGGGGUGGCUACGAUUACAACCAGGGCAAUACAAGCUAUGGGAAAACUCCAAGACGUGGAGGCCACCAGAGUAGCUACAAGCCAUACUGAUCACACGUAGUGCAGGUCUAAAGUAAAUAAGAAAAAGAGAUCCAUGGUCUGACCACAGCGAACAUGGGCUCUGGCUUUUCCUUUGGAGUUGGCAGAAAUUUGGACUCAUGCUCCAUUUGUACAGAUCAAGUGAGGAACUGGGGAAGCAAAUGUCACUUUUCCACUUUUUAUUUUAUAUUGUUUUGUGUCCAUUUACAUUUCCAGUGAUGGAAGUGUUAUUUUUACUGUACUUUUUGGUACCUUUUUGAAUCUAAUGUAUUGUAUGGUUGUAUUUUUACAUGUCUACUGGAUUUACAGACAAGCAGGAGCAAGAGCUUUUAAAGCUCGCAAAUAAAACAAUUAUGCUUUUGUUUUCUUUUGGUGUUUCUAGAUCUUUAGUUUUUUUAUCCCAUGCUGAGUGUUGGAUGCGAGUUGCAUGGCUUCAGAUGUGGGGUGAGGUAAAAUAAGGGAUUUAAACUAAUCAAAGGGUUCUUUGUAAGUGUGUCAAGUGAAUGUUUGGAGAUGACCAUUGUAGACGAAGACAACCAGCAUCUUUUGUUUUUUUGUUUUGUUUUUUUGUUUUGGCUUUUAAGGAGAUUCUUCCCCCAUCAUGUCUGCAAUUUUAAGUGGCUUUACUAGUGUUAUUCAACUCAACGCAAGCCUGUUAAUGUAAGAGGGUAAUCCCUCUCUCACUGGAAACUCAUUCCUCUAGUGUCUUGGGCAAAUUGGUAGAAAUAAACUUUUGGUUUAUAUUA